CGCACACACAUACGGAAAAAAAUCUGUAUCGCAGCUUACAUUUCUCCGAGCAGGUGACUGAGAGCGACGAUAAAAACACAAAAUAAACUCACUUCGUUCCCGAAAAUCGAAAGACACGAGAACUUACCGGCACUCGAAGCGAUAGUUAUUCCCGAUGCUGAAUGUGCAACGCGUGCAAAAAUCUUGGUCGCGCAUUACGAACGUCUAGCUCUGUAUCAUUCUGUGACUUGUGCUUAUCGCCCUUAUCGCCUGUAGAGAAGAUAACUGGAAACGCAGAUCACGCAGGGACAUAUUUGGAGGGAUACGAUAAUCACGUCGACCUAACGGAGUGUUUGCGGUUAUUUUCGUACAAGCUCGUCCGAGUUUUUCCCUCGAGAUCAUGGACAGCUCUCCGGUGAUCUUUCAAAUGAGCGACUCGAUCCAGGCCUGGCUAAAGUUCUUGGAGGUGUACAUUAACGAGCCGGCAAUAAACAAAAGCGUGCGACAAAUAAUCCAUUUAGCGGAUAUGAUAACAGGGGACAACAGAAUAGCUUGGUUAUUAAAGGCAAUAAGUUUCAUUGAUUUAACGUCUUUGAGUAACGACGAUACGAGCACCAUUAUUGAACAGUUGUGCAAAACGGCCGCCAAACCCAUAGACAAGCUACCGUUUCAGUGGAAUAAACCGCUUCACACAGCUGCUGUUUGUGUCUAUCCGUCCAAAGUGAAAGACGCAGUAACUACUUUGAGGAAAUUGAAGAAUACUUCUGGAGUUAAGGUUGCUAGUGUGGCAGCAGGAUUUCCCUCUGGACAAUACCCACUGGAGACUCGGCUGCAGGAAGUACGCUGCGCCAUAGAAUACGGUGCAGAGGAAAUUGAUGUUGUGAUUGACCGAUCGUUAGUUUUAAAUCACGAAUGGAUAAAGCUGUACGAUGAGCUGGCGGCCAUUCGUUCAGCAUGCAACGAGAACGAGCGGAAAAGUAUAUGUUUAAAAGUUAUAAUAUCAUCGGGGGAAUUGUUUAAUUUGAAAGAUGUGUACAAAGCGUCGAUGGUGGCUCUGUUUGCUGGCGCGAAUUUCAUCAAAACGUCCACAGGGAAAGAGGUAGUUAAUGCGACACUACCGGUGGGCAUUGUUAUGUGCAGAGCGAUAAAAGAAUACGAAAGAUUGACAACACAAAAGAUUGGUUUUAAGCCCGCCGGAGGUAUCAAGACUGCACAAGAAGCUCUAGAAUGGAUGGUUUUGAUUAAAGAAGAAUUGGGGAGAGAUUGGUUGACAAACGAUCGUUUCAGGAUCGGUGCAUCUAGCUUACUACAAGACAUUGUCGCUGACAUCAAUAAAACGUUUGAAAGUGGUCUUAAAGAGGAAGCCAGUGAAGAAAAGAUAUCGAAAAACUAAGAAAAAA